CAUUUAACUUAUCACAAAAAACACAAUAAUAAAAUAAGAUAAUCCGCAAAUUUAGACCACACAGUGUAGCUUAGUAAAUAUUAGUCGCUUCCAGUGCGUUUUGAAAAAUAGGUUCGAAAUAGAUCGCCAUGCAGUGUAAAAAUCACACUAUCGUGCUUUGGCUCUUGUUCACAUGCAGCUUGGCGGCCACUACAUCCUUAGGAAUACAACCCGCCAUCAUUGGCGGCCAUGAAGUAGACAUCAUAAAGCAUCCCUAUCUCGUUUCCAUACGCUACCGCUUGCCGGCCGAUGGCGCGUAUUGGCACAAAUGCGCGGGUGUUAUAAUCACGGAGAAGGCAGUGCUUACCGCCGCACAGUGUGUUCGUGAAAUCGAAACGGAUCGCGUUAUGAUCGUCGCUGCUGCCAAUCAGCGCACUGGCGGUGAUGGCAAUGUAUAUCCAGCUACCAAGUGGAUCGAACAUCCGAACUUUUCUACACGCACUGCUGAUUACGACAUUGGUUUGAUAUUUGUGGAUUUGCCUUUUGAGUUGAAUGCUAUCCACCCGUCAUUGCGUUCAAUAAAUAUACGUGAGCAAUGGCCGGCCGUAAACCGUUUGGCCACGGUGGUCGGUUGGGGUUACCGUGUGGAAUUUGGUCCAUCGUCCGAUAAUUUAGAAGAGACAAAAGUGCCAAUAGUCAGUCGCGCAGAGUGUGUUUCAAUCCAUGGUUCUGGUGAGGUCACCGCGCGUAUGAUUUGUGCAGGAUAUGUGAAGACCGGCGGUCAGGAUGUAUGCCAAGGCGAUACUGGCGGACCUCUGCUGUAUGAAGGACAAUUGGUGGGCUUAGUCUCGUGGGGCUAUGGUUGUGCGCGUCCAGGCUAUCCCAGUGUUUACACCGAUGUGGCCAGUCUGAAGUCAUGGAUUGUAGAAGAAUUGCGCAGUCAUAACGGAAAACGGGCAAUUGAAGAACAUAGGACACUUAAAUACUAUUAUAGAAGCUAA